GACAGUUUUGACAACUGGAGGUUUGUUGACAUUUUAUUUUCAUAAUUUGGGGUUAAGUUUCUCCCCAUCCUUUUUCGUUUGGAAGUGCUAAGAUGGCCUCCAAGAUCAUUAAGCCCGGUGGCAGUGAGCCAGAUGCCUUCGAGCAGCAAGUCUCACAGGCUCUGCUUGAAUUGGAAAUGAACUCUGACCUCAAGGCACAGUUGAGAGAGUUGAAUAUUACUAAGGCUAGGGAAAUUGAACUUAAUAACAAAAAGUCAAUUAUCAUCUACGUCCCCAUCCCGAAACUGAAGCAGUUCCAAAAAAUCCAAACCAGGUUGGUAAGGGAAUUGGAAAAGAAAUUCAGUGGCAAGCAUGUAGUGUUCGUAGGAGAACGUAAGAUUCUCCCCAAACCUACCCGUAAGACCAGAAUGAAGAACAAACAGAAGAGGCCACGCUCCAGAACUCUCACCGCUGUGUACGACGCCAUCUUGGAAGACUUGGUCUACCCAGCUGAGAUUGUGGGUAAAAGAAUCCGCGUCAAACUUGAUGGUUCGUCCCUCAUUAAGGUUCAUUUAGACAAAAAUCAGCAGACAACUAUUGAACAUAAAGUAGACACCUUCGCAUCUGUCUACAAAAAACUGACAGGAAGGGAAGUGACGUUCGAAUUUCCUGAACCUUAUUUGUAAAGUUUGGUUUAAUAUAAUUGGUUAUUAAGUA